AUGAGUAGAGAUAUAUUUUUGGAGUGUGAAACAGAGAGAGACGAGGCAGGGAUGGAAGAAAAUGAAAGAGAUGCAGAGAGCUACAAGAGGCUGGAUGAGGUGAAGGCAUAUGACAUGAGUGUAUAUGAUUCUAUGAUGAUGAAGAAUCCCAAAAAUUGCAGCCUCGCCUUCUUUACUCCAUCCUCGACUUGUGAUGAUGUAAGCAACAACAUAUCUGAGUCUUUUAAUCAUGCGGUUGACCCUGCUAGAUCAAUGCCACUCGUGGAAAUGUUGGAAACAAUACGUAGAAGAGCUAUGUUGCGCAUUGAGGCAAGGAAGAUGAAAGCAAUGAAUCACAGAGGGAAGUUCAGUCUAAAAGCAAUGGAAAAAGUCAGCCAGGAGCAACGUAAAAUACGUCACUGCACUAUAUAUCCUUGCGGAUAUGAGGUAUUUGAAGUGAAAGAGAAAAACAGUUCAUACAAAACGAAAAUGGUUGAUCGUACUUGCACUUGUCGAAAGUGGGAGAUGUCGGGAUUGCCUUGUCGUCAUGCCCUGAAAAUCAUUUCUGCAAAGAAGCGCAAACAAGAGGAUUAUAUGGCUGCUUGUUACCUUACUUCGACGUGGAGAAAGCAGUAUGAAACACCAAUUAAGGCUGUCCAUGGGAUAAACUUUUGGGUAAAAACAGGAGAUGCAGAGAUUAUUCCACCACCAACAGAACCAGAAUCAUCAAGAGGAAGAAAGAAAAUUCCUAAGCGGAUAAAAGGAAGGAAUGAGUCUCCAAGAAAGAAAAAGACUAAGGUUAUGAAUGAGUCUCCUUCAAAGGUUUCAAGGGAGAGAAGGAUCAUUCAUUGUGGCCGAUGUGGAGAAAGUGGACAUAACGCAAGGAAGUGCAAAAAUGUUGGAGUUCCAGUUCAAAGUCCACCAAAGAAGAAGAAUGUCACACAAGUAGAACGAUCAAGUCAACCAACACAAAGUCAAGUGGUCGACUAA